AUGUUGAGGUUCAGCGCGACAACCAAGAUGUCAUCACCACCAACAGACCUACAGAACUUACCUCGAAUGAAGUCUAUAUGGCUUGACGAGGAUCAGGAAAUUGAAAAAUUAUACUCUAUACAGGCUGAACAAUUUAUGAAUUCAGGUGACCAUGUCGAUGCUAUGAAUAUUACACUGCUGAAUAGCGACGUGCCUAAGCUGGAAAAUACAGAAAAUAUACUACUAUUACCCACGAAGAAUCCUGAACGUAUAGAGAAUUCAAGAAGUGUUAGUGAGGAAAAAAAGGUGAAAAAUUCUAGAAAAAGAAAGUUAUUUUCAUUCUUCAAAAAUAUCAACUCUAGGUUUCUUAGUGAUGCGAGCACUCGACCGGCCUCUAAUGACAAUAUUUCUAAACCGUUUGGCUUCCAACAUAUAUCUCAUGCUGGUUCAAAGGAAAGUGCUACUUUAGAACCUGAGGUGACAAUAUUACCUAGUGUGGAAGUACCAAAGGAGCGAAAAACCUUGAGUAAAGCCUUUGUGACAGACUCCAUUCCAUUAAAACAGGAUGCGGAACACAUGCUUUUCAAUGAAUUGGAAAGAACUCCUGCUUCACGCAGAAUAAGAGCCUCCUCAUCUAUAUCCCCAAACUCCUCUGUAUUUGACCGUAUUGUUUCAACGACUUCUACAGCACCCACAACUAGUGAUUCACCUCCAGGUUCACCACUUUUGCAACAUGUUCAAAGGAAACCUAGGCAUAAUCGUGUUGCAUGUCUACCGCCUACUCUUACAUCCCCCAACGAUAUUUCCUCUGAGCUUUUAAGAGAAGCACCAAUGGUACCACCAAUAAUAUUCCCAAAAAACGAAAAAAUAUUUACCAGGACUCAACCAACCAUCGAAGAAGAGUGGUUGAAUGAACCUCCAAAUGAUACAUCACUUUAUUAUGAACAAUUCACUUCGAGGCCCGCUCCGCUCACCUACAGGGACUCUUUCUUUUAA